UCGAACUCCUCUGAUUGGUACACGACAGAAAUGUUAACAGCAUCUUAUUUUGAUCAAAUAAAUCCAUGCAUAUAACAUUCAGUUUGCUCUCCUCCAAGUCAUUCUCGCCAUAGUGCACUGAGGAUGAAUGAUGGCAUACCAAACCAUCCGCCAAGAAUAUCUCCAGAUACCGAUAGUGACACGCGUAUACUCGACGGCAUGCAUCAUCACCACACUCUCUGUGCACCUCGAUAUAGUUACACCAUUUCAACUAUAUUUCAACCCAAAGCUAAUAUUUGAAUACUACCAGCUAUGGCGUAUUUGUACAACGUUUCUAUUUUUUGGAACCUUUGGUUUCAAUUUUCUUUUCAACAUGAUUUUCACGUUUCGGUAUUGUCGAAUGCUGGAGGAGAAUUCGUUCCGUGGUAGAAGCUCGGACUUUGUUACAAUGUUUCUAUUCGGAGGAACAUUGCUGGUUAUUCUUGCAUUAUUCGUAAAUUUACUUUUUCUAGGUCAAGCUUUUACCAUUAUGCUUGUGUACGUCUGGUCACGACGAAAUCCGUUCGUUAGAAUGAACUUUUUCGGCGUUUUAAACUUUCAGGCGCCUUAUUUACCAUGGGUCUUGCUUGGAUUUUCGGUGUUAAUAGGAAACACGAUUUGGGUAGAUCUUAUUGGAAUCGCAGUGGGACAUUUGUACUAUUUUCUGGAGGAUGUACUACCUAACCAGCCAGGUGGCAUGAAAAUUCUUAAAACUCCUCGUAUUCUCAAACAAUUGUUUGACGAGGCUACGGAUGAUCCUAACUACGUAGCGCUUCCCGAAGAUCAACCGGGAGGAUUCAAUUGGAGGCGAAACAAUUAGAGUUUACCCUCAAAUGCUGCUAUAUCGGGUUAGAAAUGAUAUACAACUCAAUAAAUGUCUGAACUCU